AUGUCGCAGCCACUUAUGGUCUCCGGUACCAUACCUGCGCCUGAAUCGAAUGUCAGAUCACGAUGGUUGUACUUGGACAAUUUCCUCCGCCAUGCCGGCCCUUUCAGCGAUGAAGACUUCGAGACGAGUGAGGAGGCGGCGUCAAAUAUUGAGAGAAUGAAUAUACUGGUCAUGUUGGUUGCCUGGGCACAUUUUGAGGUGUAA